AUGGCACCCUCGCCGGGAGACGACGGCCAAUCGUCGCAAGACUCGAAGAAUACUGGUGGACUUGCUGGUGUUUUCAAGAGCCUUACCGGCGGUGGUACGAAGCUGACGAAAACGACUUCGAAUCCUGUGCCAACAUCAGGUGCUUCCACAAGCAUCAGUCUUGCCGCGCAGUUGAACGACUCGACGCCCCCACGAGGUCUGCCGCCGAACCACAUGGAAGCUUUCGAGCAGCUCAGGACAGGCGCAGCCAGUGAGCGAGUGUCUGCUGCUCAGCAGCUUCGCCAUGCUGUCGUUGAAUAUCCCUUGAACCCGGUUCUUGACAUAUGGUAUGCAGCUAAGGACAUGAUCGACCCCAGCAAUCCCAGCACUACUCGGUUUGCCGGUUGGGAGCUGCUCACAGCCUGUGUCAAGCAUACAUCAUCCACAGAUCUCGAGCGCAAGGAGUAUUUUCAGACAGUGACUGCGCUGGCCAAUCCGGAGGACUUCCAUUUGCAGCUGACGGCGCUUGUUGAACUUACCAAUCAUGGUCGCAACCUCUCCGGGUUUGAGUACGAUACGUUUCCGCUUGCGACCGUUUGGCUAGGCAUGAAGUUUGAAUCAACGCGACUGGCUCGGAAACAGGCGUCCCGCACGAAAGGCAAGGCUGUUUCGUCGGGUGAGGACCAGGAUUUUGCGGAUCUGUUUGCCUACAUCAUGGAUCUCAUCAAAUUUAACUUCGGUGUUAUGGGCGACGAAGCUGCGCAGGGCCUGAUCGACGCUUUGGUCAAGAUUUGCAUGAACACCAGCAACACCGAUGACCUCAAGGCUUGCAUUGGUGUCAUGGGCGCUGUUGUGACUUAUGGCGCUAUCCCUGACACUAAACUCAAGGAUUGUGUCCAAGUGUUGAGCUCAAUUCAUUGCUUGGUGGACGAACUUCCAAAGGAAUCGUGGCAUGCACUAGGCAUAUUCUUCAAGUCUCACCAUGGCCAUGCUGUGGUCAGAAUCCUGCUAGAUAUGCUAAGCUGCAGCAAUGACGAAGUAGAAAAAUCCAAGGAAGAGAUUCGAAACGUUCGAGGUGCCUUGUCCGUGCUCCAGAAGCUCGUCUCUAAAACGACAGAGAAAGGAUACCCUCCAGUUGCCUACGGCCUGCUCGUCGAAGGCAUUUCCAACGUGACCAACUCCGCCAAAGCAUGGAAGAUACACAACGAUGUUCUGCGUCUAAUUAACGUUCUUUUUGAAGGGCCACAUGGCCACAUGAACCCAAUGGUUAUCGACGAGGAUUGGAGCCCUCUGUUCGACGUCGCACAUGUGUGCACACGUGCUUUCCUCAGUCUGCCGACAAGCGGUGGAAAAGACGAGAAGGAAUCUCCACAUCUUGUAAUGGGGAGAGAGGUCAUCAAGCUUAUUUCCCACAUCGAAACAGUGCUCAAUUCUCAGCCAGAUGAGCUAUUGCAGCGCCAGAGCUGCAUCCACUUUUUCAGCAAGAUCAACAAGGUGCUACCCGACACUGCUGCAACAUUGGUUCUCGACUACUUCAAGGAGUUCCGAUGCUGUUACCCAUCCGAUCUUGACUGGGAAGAGAACUUGCGACUAGUUUUGGACGUCCUUUUCGCUAACCGCACAAGGUCGUCACAGCUUCGCGUGCAGGCUCUGCGGGUCGUCACAGAGGUAUACUCCAUGGUAGAACUACUCCAUGAUCAGCUCGAGCCCGACUUUGUACCCAACAUGGUAAAAAGCAUUCUCCGGGACGUGGCUGAAGAAAGCGACAUCGAUGUUCUUCGAGACAUUGUCUCCUUCACUAUUGGCAUCGCGAGCAACGCAAAGCAUCCGCUAUUCCACUACAUUGUGGACACACUUCACGGCAUCCUCGCAGUCAAUCAGUUGCGGCCCGCCAUCUCGCCUGUUGCAUCCAGAUCUCCAGCUACGCCAUCUUCGGAUCAUGCCAGCGAACCACAACAGAGUCCAUCUGAUGUUGUGGCCAAAGGCUACGUGCAGAUAUUCCUCCGAGUAAUGCAAGCCGACGCGACCAAGGCCAUCCGGGUCUUCGGCCUUCUGGUUACCUUGGCCAGGUUGAAUACAACAGAGGUUGAUGCAAGAUUGACCGCGAUGAAGUUGCUAUUUCGACUCAGAGCCGACUGGGCCAACCGUGUGUACAUUACCACGUUCUUCGAGACCGAGAACUUAGCUGCUACGCUUUACCGAACGGAUGCAUCUCUGGCAAAGAAAUCAGGCGAAGAAGCAAGUCAUCAAGGUCGAUUGUCGCGAGGCGAAACUGGCUCUGGUCGUACGUCUCGCGGCGUUUCAUACGGCACAGGUCAAAGCCAAGAGAGAAGCCUCUCUGACCGAAGUUUUGCUGUGAGAACAGGCGCUAGAGGUCUUGCUCCAGCGUAUCAUCAGCUUUGGUCUGACUCGGAGCCAAAUCCCUUGCCUGAAUUGGCCUCACGAGAUGCCAGCCCGGUUCUGUCCUCGGUCUCCAAAUCUAACAAUUCUUCUGGAGACGACGAAGCUACUUUGCCAGAGUCCGUUCUUCCUAUCUCCGACUGGCUAGCUGCAAUCGUAAGCCUUCUCCAGCAUGGGUGUGAUUGGGAAGUUUACAGUUUUGUACUGGUCUAUCUGCCAUCCCAGCUCAGCAACCAUGCCAUGUUCAAGGAGGCAAUCGAUCAAGUUCGAGAACUGCGAAGAGUUGUCUGCGAACUCAUCAAAACUCAAGGGUUUCGGGAGCCGCCUAGUUCGACGGGACUCAGGCGUGCUGAUGUGGCUAUAUGCCUAUUCCAUGCUCUCACUAUGAUUAUGAGUUAUAAUGAGCAUUUCCAGAAGGCUGAGGAAGAUGAAAUCGUCAGUACCUUUGUACAAGGUAUGGCCGCGAUCGAGCGUACCGCGAAGCCUUGCAUUCAUGCUCUGUCCAUAUGCUGCUAUGAGCUGCCAAUGUCGACAAGCAAGGUUCUGUUGACCAUCUUGCAGAAGAUGUCACAGAUCAUCACCCAGCCCUCGAUAGCUAUUCACAUCCUGGAGUUCCUUGCCUGUCUUGCUCGACGCCCGUCUCUCUUCAGCAAUUUCCGCGAGGAUGAUUAUCGCGUGGUUUUCGGCAUAUGCUUCCGGUAUUUGCAGUAUGUCAGAGAGAAGAAGCAGCCCCCCCGCACCAAUACCGCCGGCGAUGUGACCAUGACAGGAUCCGGAACAUGCGGCCAGCCGGAAGGACAGGUACAUCCAAAUGCUUCCGACAACCUCCCACAAUACGUCUAUGCAUUAGCUUAUCACGUCAUCACAUUCUGGUUUUUGGCUCUGAAGCUACCAGAUCGCGCAAGACAUGUGGGCUGGAUUGCGAAGAGUCUUUUCACUGAUGUUGACGGAUCCGAGAUUGCUGAGGAACAAGCUCAAAUCACGAUUGAUUUCAUGCAAAGAGUGGCAUAUGCUGAUGUUAGCGAAUCAGCCGCUGACCCUCUCUUUACUGCCGAUCGGUAUGGCGAGAUCAAUAAGAAGCGAUGGUUGAUAGGCAAUAGCAUUGUGACUAUUGAGCAAGCCCGAACUAGUGGUUGGGCACAAGUCACGAAACGUCAGCCGUCUGGUACAUCUUCAUACAUGAUCCAUGAGACGUUCCAUCCGCCCCCUGCACACCAAGAACACACGAGCAAUGAGGUCAUGGGCAGAGAUGGCCGUUUAGAAGAUGGAGACAAUGUUCUUCCGAGUCAUCUGCUCGUGCAACUACUUUCUUCCAUGCCACAAUGCACGGAUCAAGCACGCCCAAUACCCUUACCUAAAGAAGAUUCAAUCGACAGAGCACUCCGGGUGUUUGAUCGGAUCUCUACUGUUGACGGCCACAAAGCUGGCGUCAUCUACAUCGGCGAGGCCCAGACAAACGAAGUGGAUAUUUUGGCCAACGUCUCCGGAAGCAGGGAGUAUGUUGAGUUUCUGAGAGGCCUCGGCACGCUGACAAAGCUCAAAGGCGCCAUAUUCAACACGCAAGGUCUUGACCGCGAGUAUGAUUCUGAUGGCGAGUUUACUAUUUGUUGGAGAGACCGAGUCACCGAGAUUGUCUUCCAUGUUAUCACGCAGAUGCCAACCAACCUGGAGCGAGAUCCUCGAUGCACCCUCAAGAAGCGCCACAUCGGCAACGACUAUGUCAAUAUCAUAUUCAAUGAUUCUGGCCUACCCUUCAAGUUCGAUACUUUCCCAUCCGACUUCAAUUUUGUCAACAUUGUCGUAACUCCUGAAUCGCGAGCUUCGUUCGUCGCUACUAGGCAGAGGGCACCGAUUGGCGUAAGAGAGUCAUUUUACAAUGUUCAAGUCAUGAGUAAACCAGGCUUUCCUGAGGUCUCUCCCGCUUCAGACACGAAAAUCAUUAGCUUGAAGGCACUUCCCGACUUUGUGCGCUUGGUGGCACUCAAUGCUUCAGUCUUCUCUCAAGUUUGGGCAAGCCGUGAAGGAGGCGAACACAUCUCGUCCUGGCGUCAACGCCUCAGGGAGAUCAAUCGCUUGCGCGAGAGACAUGCAAACAAGCCCACCACGCAGGCCCAUGGUCCGUCUCCCUCGCCCCCAGGCACCGCUUUUAGUGGAAGGGCUCUUGCUAGUGCUCUGAAUGCGCAAGGUGAAAUGAACCGGCCAGGAAGCACUGUGCGAGAUAGUUUUAGCAGCUUGCGACGAUCCUCGGUUGCCACGUUCUUCUCAAACACGAGCGAGCCCAAUACACACUCACACAGGUCAUCAAUCUUGUCCACUGCUCCAACAGAGAAUACCGAAGUUAUGCCCACGGGCAGCUGCGAAACCCUUGUCGACAAGCUCGACUUCUCAAAAUGGGCCUGA